AGAAGAAGAAUAAGAAUCCACUUCCGCCGAAGGAUGCGCAGCUAUACAGAGCAGAUGUGUGUGUGACCAAAACAGCUAGCUUUGCUGUUCUUUAUCACUGCCAUCAAUAUAAACUGACCAAGAAGUUGUUGUUGUGCUGUGUGAUAAUAAACUGGAUUAUCAUACACUUUGCAUCCACCCAUUUUCAGUUAGGCUUUGCGCUGAGUGGUCGCUGAUAAGUAAGCCAAUAUUCAAACAACUGUGGCGCCGUUAAGCUAAUGAUCAGUAGCUAAAGUAAGCUAGUAAUACCAAAUAGCCACACCAAGAUGGACGGAGCUGUUCCUGUGGCGAUCGAAGAGGAUGGAGCAGAAAACCAGCCCCGCAAUAGAGACAGAACAUCUGAAAACAUCGUCGCUCCAUCGGCCGAGGACACCGCUGACAGGGUUGGGGUUUUCUGCUGUCAGGAUUGUGGAGAAGCCUUCAGAGAGGAGGCAGUCUACUUGGAGCAUCGCCAUCAGCACCUGCAAGAAAAUGUAUACUUAGAUGACCAGUUGGGUGGUUUACAUGAUGCAGAAAAAAACAGCGAAACUGCUCAUUUCUGUACUUUAUGUUCAGUCUCAUUUGUUGAACUGAGUGAAUUCCACUCACACAUGGAGAAGAACCAUGGCCAAAGCUCCCAAAAUGAGUCUGGUAUUCAGAUGAAUUCUGGGAUAACAAAACAGCCCACUUAUGAGUGUCCAGACUGCGGAAAAUGUUAUAUUGUGAUUGGACACUUUCUCAACCAUCAGCGCUCACACAGACAAGCCUCCAAAUCAGUUUUUCAUGAUCUCGAACAUUUGAAAAAGAAGUCAUUUCAGUGCGAGUCUUGUGGGCGGAAUUAUUCUCGCGCUUCAGCUCUUGAUGCACACCGUCGUUGUCACGAGGAAAAGCUAGUAAAAUCACGGACCAGGAGUUCAGGAGAGUCACCUCCCACUGAAGAGUCAAUAGUUGAAGCCAACCCCAGUGAAAACCAGACAGGUGAUACUCCUAAAAACCUUUUUAAGUGUUCAUGUGGUAAAGCUUUUUCUGCUCUUACGCGCCUGAAAACACACCAACGUUUUAGCCGUAACACUCAGUGUGCUCCAGAAGAAAUUAAAGAAAAACCAAAAAAAAACUGCAAUGAGUUUUACUGUAGCGAGUGUAAAAAGGGUUUCAGUGGCCAGAUCGCCCUCUUCAACCAUCAGCGAUGGCAUGCUAAUCAGUCAGAGAAUUCUGCGAAAAGAUUCUCGUGUGAGGAAUGUGGAAAAGUAUUUAUGACGCUAACAUUCUACUACAGGCACCAACGCAUGGUGCACAGCGAUGAGAUGCCAGCAAAGUCCUUUCUUCAUCAAGUGUGUCAGCUACAGAAGAAGGCAUUUGAAUGUAAAGUUUGCAAGCUAAAGUUUUCCCGGGCUUCAGCACUUCAAUCGCAUCAACUUCAUCACACAGAUGUUUUCCAAGAAACAGAGAAGGAGGCUCAGAUGUGCACGUCUCUGCUACCUCAACAGAAAAUGUUGUCAAGUGAAGAAAAAGAGACUGCACACUUGGUGGCAAAAGUCGAAUCAGAGAGUGUUUCUCCAACCACUAUGAUUCCUGAAGACUCACUUGUAAAUGAGGCCAGUGAAGAUGUGGAGGGUUAUGAACCUGGGGACUUUAUUGUUCAGGUGAUCAGUGCAAGUGAAUCUGAGGACGAGUCUGCCCAGGACCUGAAUCCUGAUCUUGAGCUGCUUUGUGAAUCAGAUCAGGAGGUACGAGACAAUGAUGACACUGACAUUUCCCCCAGUAGUCUUGUUUCAAAACCAGAGAUGGACUUGAAAAUUGUGCAGAUUGACUUUGAGCAGGCUGAUGAGCAGUGCGCACUGACAGCGAAAGAAGCAGAGAAUAAAAUAACGGGGGAAAGAUUUGAUUGUCCAGAGUGCUACCGAUGGUUCACUAGCGCUUCGUCACUGCGUGUUCACAGAAUGUGGCAUGGUGUUCGUAAUAGAAGACAGCAGACUCCUGGUCAGUCAGUAGCAGUUUACACAUGUGACAUAUGUGGUCAUGAAGCAAGUAGUUAUGCAGCACACCACAGUCAUAUUCAAAAACACAGUGAUCAUAAUUCAAGCAACAGUGUAUUAGAUCAGUUGCAUUAUCCCAAGAGAAAAGAAUUCCAAUGCCCAGGUUGCAUGAUGUCUUAUUUUCAUGCAGCUAGGUUGUUUAACCAUAUGAAAAACUGCUCUGCAAAAAAGAGAGAGAAUGUUUUGGAUACUAAGAAGGAAUACAAUCCAAAGAAAACCCUUCUAGGCCCAAAGAUUUAUCAUUGUGAAAAGUGUGGGAAGGGUUUUUGGUCUUUAGGAGCUUAUUCCCACCACAAGCAAAGUCAGACAGAGUGUGCAGAUUUGAGGCUAAGAAAAGGUGGCACCGGAUCUGUUAAUGGUCAUCCGCGCUCCAGCGUAAAGGUCGCAUGUCCUGUGUGUGGUAGAACAUUUCGUCACAAGGGCAUUAUGGCACUACACAUGAGAAAACAUGAAAAUGGAAACCAUAGAUGUGAACUCUGCAACAGGUCAUUCCGGCUUUUUUCCAGCCUCCUCAGACACCAGGUGGUGCAUAAUGACCAGUUACUCCCACCACCCAUUAAGUCUUUUCAGCAUCAGGUGGAGCAGUUGCAAAAGAACACCUACAGCUGUCCUGACUGUGGGAAGCUUUUUUCACGGGCCAAAGCACUUCAGUUUCAUAUGAAAAGCCAUGGGUAUGAGUCUGGGCACUCGUCAUCACCAUCCACUGUCACGCCAAAAGAUCUCCAGUGUGCAACAUGUGGUGCACAUUUCAGCAACAAGGCCUCUUUACGGGCUCAUCGCAGGCUUUGCAUUAAAAGGGAGAGUCAAGCAGUCGAUUGUAAGACAGAACCCUCAGGAAAAAAUGAUGCUCUUAAACUGCACAAGAAUAGGAUGGGUAUGAGUACACUGGAAAGAUCUGAGCACUCCACACUUGAUACUGAAGUAAAGAAUCAAAUGGGCAGUGGGCAGCUAAAGGUGGAAAAUCAAGCAGGUGUGGGCAACGUAGAAAACCCAAAUGAAACGUAUUUGAAAUACAAAUGCAAAAAGUGUGACAGAAGUUUUUCAGUGGUUGGAGCUUUGAAUUUUCAUAAAAGAAUUCACGCUGAGGGAUAUAGAUCUGCGGCAAAAGCAAAACUGGCCAUGUCUGUAAUGCUAAAGAAACCUAAACGGGAAGAGCCAAGUAAGGGGUUAUUUCACUGCUCAGAAUGUGGAAGGCGAUUCAUGUCCAACUCGGCCCUCGGCUCCCACAAAAGAUGGCACAGAGAAAAGAAGUCACAGUCCUCACUAAAAGAGGAUGAUUUGACAUCUGUUAACCACAAAUCAGAGGAUGGGCCUUUUCAGUGCAACAAAUGUGGCAAGCAGUUUUUUAACCAUUGUGUUCUCCAGCGUCACCAGAUGUUUAAUCCUCAGUGUCAGACUAAAAAAAGUGAGCCAGACAAAAGUACAGAGAGCAGCAGUGCAAUGGAAAACUCAGCGCUGUCAUACCUAGAAUGUAACAAGACUUUUGCACAAGCUUCAUUUCUAGUUGCCCACUAUGAAAAUGAGCAUGGUAACCUUUUGGUGGCUGCAGCUCCUCAAAGAGAGAGGCUCAUCUCUGUAGAGCAAGUGUCAGAACAGGUUAUCAGUGACGGUGAGCUCAUGUCUUCAGCACUGAAGCCAAAAGUCCACCAGUGCCCCUUCUGCACUCUGACCUUUGCUAAAGCGAGAGGUUUGCGUGCCCACAAGUGGCAGGCCCACUCCAAGAAGACAAAAGGCAAAAAUAAGGUCCCUCUGAGUACAAAAACAGUGUCCAGUGUCUCAAGGAGUGAAUUCAGAAAGACAGAUUAUUCGCCUGUUGACAACACUCAAACAAUGAGCAGUUAUCCUCUUGAAAAGAGUAGUCCUCUUGGAAGAGGAAAAACAAGAAUCGGAUUAGACUCCACGCCUGUGAAAUCUGUCUCAUGCCUUGACUGUGGGAAACUGUGCAGUACCACAGGUACACUCUUUGACCAUAAGAAAGUGUGCCCAGAGGUAAAGCAGGGGUCUAAACAGGAGGCCCAAACUUCUGAAGCCAUGGCUGAGGUUUCCCCACCACUCAGCCAUUUGUCAGAGCAUACAGCUAAAUGCCUCUUUAAGUGUGAUAAUUGUGGGAAAGCCUUCCAAACAGAGGAACAACUGGGAAUCCAUAAGACCAAGGCUAAGAGCCGGCCUUAUUGUUGCGCCCUUUGCUGUCAGGGCUUUUGGGCUGAGAAUCAGCUGCAGCAGCACCUUGCCUGGCAUGAUGAAGUCCGCUGUCGUCUCCCAAAUGAAGUUCAUUAUAGGCUCAGUGCAGCUAUGACCUCGAAGCCUCUAAAACCCACCACCACCUCUGCUGACCACAGAGGCAAGUCUUUUCCAUCCCCUACACUGUAUGGUCCUGCACUAAACCCAGACAGCCAGUCACAAAGUAGCCAUAAGUGCCAGCAUUGUGGCAAAGCCUUCCUUUCACCGACUGCGUUACACAAACAUGAAACUCAGCACACUAACAAUGAUUCAUAUCAUUGCCCUAUUUUGCCCCAGGACCUUCAGUGAGAUACAGGACCUUAUCGAUCAUCGCCAGGAAUGUGCUGGUGACUAUAAAAGGCAGAGUGCUGCUGUCACAUCAGGAGAUACCAAUGGCCUUACUUGUCUUGAAGGUGGAACCGAUUUUUCAUCAAGAAACCGAUUUACACCAGCACUAUAUUGAACAUGCACAUGGAGCGCAUUAGACUAAAGAAACUGAUAAGUGAAAUAUUGGCACUAUAGACUGUGGAGGUGUCUUUUUGAGAUUGCCAAAUAUGUAAAGCUAGACAUUUUCCUCAGACCUUUAGUGUAGUCUAAGUACACAAUGCUCUCCCUGUUUGUUUCAGUAUUAUUUGAGAUCCUUUAUACAUAGUAGCUGGUUUUUCUCUUCUCAGGCUUUCCUUUACACUGGACUAGUACAUGUACAUUAAUGACUCGCACCUUCUAAGGACUUGUAUUGAAAUGUCACAAAGGUAUCGUGUUGAGUCACCAUGUGUUUUGUCCCCAUUUUGAAUAUUCUGUCAGCUGAACCUUAAUCUCUUUGGGGAUCACUGGUAUGGUUUAAAAAACAAACAAAAAAAACUUGUAUGCAUGUCCAUGUUUGUCAUGCCUUUAAAAAUUUCCUGAAAAAUGAAAUGCGCUACUGACAUCAGUAUGUGAAAUUCAGUAAUGUGAGCUGGUAGAGGGUGUCCUGGUGCUGAACAUUGUAACUGGCUACUACCGUUAAACAACUAACAGUUAAGCAAUUGUUAUACUCAAUGCAGUUUGCAUUAAUUGAUUUUUACACUCCUGUAUUCUUUCUUUGUUGAUUCAUUUUUUAUUACUCAGUAGUGCUUAUGAUCAUUUUUGGAUGCUUCUUAGUUUAUUCUACCAUUUAUGUAGUGGAAAAAUUAUUGAACGUUACUGUGAUAAUUUACAGAAGUCAUAUUUCCCCCUAGAUGACCAAUACACCUUUUGACUACUUGUUUAACUUGCUGUUUCUGAAACAAAGAAGAAAAAGCUAAAAAUAAACUGAUCAAAUUUUGUGUGAAGUA